AUGUCUGAAACCUUAGUGCUUCCCUACGAAGUCCCUGUCUCUGGCAUAACACCGACGGCCAAGGGAAUCGAAGGAGGAGGCGCAGCUUGCUACGAUAGCGAUGUCCUUGAGCUUCCAAACUCCCCACUUGCCGCAGCCAAGGAUCAGGAGGAAACUAAUGAGGCAGGGGCCGUUCGUAUUAAAACAGGUCAGCCGGCCUGCGAUGGUGCGGACGUCCUCAGCCACAGCAGUGAGGCUUUGCGAGCCGCAUCGGUCCUUGCUGUCCUAGCGGGAAAUCUGCGUGACAACACAGAGGAUAAGAGAGUGGGCCAUCAGUCCCCUGGCGUGGUCGAUAAACCAGGAGCUUCAACUACCUACAAGCAAUCAAGGGAGAGUCUCGAUGAUCUCUCACAAGAGAACUUACCGCAGAGGAACGUUACACCCCCUCUUUCGGGCAUACAACAUUCUCCUACACCUACAACCACUAUCGUACCUAUCAAAUAUACUCAAUCUGGCGCUCCAGCACAGCCCGGCGUUGUACCACUAUACAGACCAAGAGGACCUGUCAGGCCGCCCGUUGCAGCUGGCCACGGUGUGAAGAAACCGAAGCCCAAUCCGACGUAA